GGAAACUGGCUAUAUCAGGUAGCACAUUCCCUUCAGCAUCAGUAUAUGUACUCGAACAGCAUGAGAAGUGGAAACCAGUAAUAUACUCACCAGAAAGAUUCAAAGGAAGUGUGUUUCUGGUACCCCAGUUAAUUUUUCAAUUAUUCGAAGAUGCCGGUCAGCAGGAUAGCGGUGGGGAGGCUGGAAGAGGCGACUCAGCAGGACGCCUUGAAGGCGGCAUUGGCUGAGUUCAUAUCAACCCUAAUAUUUGUGUUUGCUGGCUCAGGUUCAGGCAUGGCCUUCAACAAGCUAACAGACGACGGAGCCACCACUCCGGCAGGCCUCAUUGCAGCUGCAGUGGCCCAUGCAUUUGCACUUUUCGUGGCUGUUUCCGUUGGUGCCAACAUUUCCGGUGGCCAUGUUAACCCUGCUGUCACUUUUGGAGUAGCACAUUCCCUUCAGCAUCAGUAUAUGUACUCGAACAGCAUGAGAAGUGGAAACCAGUAA